AUGACCAGCUCUGAAAGAACAAUUAUUAUUGACGAUGACGAACUACCCCCGAGCUGGCGGCCAACUGAUUCACAGGCCCAAAUAACGUCUCCAUGUAUAUCUCUUCAGAUUCCGAUUCCACCAAGUGAUGCUACAAGUGGUAGCACAAAACCAUCUUCCAAACGCAGAAGGGUCAGCAGAACACUCGACACUCUGGAUACCUGUUUGAGGAAGCUGCGUAACACAGUUGACCAAAAAGAUCAAGAAAUUGAAAUGCUGGGUCAAAAGCUUGAAGAUCGAGAUCAGGAAGUUGAGAAGCUGCAGAAGCAAGUUCAGGAACUUCUCCUACAGGAAGAGGAGCUUUCCCAACGACGUAUUUUGGAGUGCAAGAUUUGCCUCGAGCAGUCAGAUGGUUGGAAACUUCGGCUUUGUGGGCAUAUGCUU